CCCCAUUGAAGCAUUUAUUCCACUGGGAUAGAAGCGGCUGGAGCGGCGCUGGCACAGGCGAGCCAUGGCUGGGAUUGUCUAUUUCACCCUCUUCUCGCUCCUCUGGGGGAUCUGCGGCGCUGUCACCGGCUCUCGGGUGUAUCCGGCCAAUGAAGUUACCCUGUUGGAUUCCAGAUCAGUUCAGGGGGAACUUGGGUGGAUAGCAAGUCCUUUGGAAGGAGGGUGGGAGGAAGUAAGCAUUAUGGAUGAGAAAAACACUCCGAUCCGCACCUAUCAAGUCUGCAAUGUGAUGGAGCCGAGUCAGAACAACUGGUUACGAACUGACUGGAUUCCCCGCGAGGGGGCUCAGAGAGUAUAUAUUGAAAUUAAAUUCACAUUGAGAGACUGCAACAGUCUGCCAGGUGUCAUGGGAACUUGCAAAGAGACUUUUAACCUUUACUACUAUGAAUCAAACAAUGAUAAGGAGCGUUAUAUCCGUGAGAGCCAGUUUGCCAAGAUCGACACCAUUGCUGCUGAUGAGAGCUUCACUCAGGUGGACAUCGGUGAUAGGAUCAUGAAGCUGAACACAGAGAUACGUGAUGUGGGCCCAUUGAGCAAGAAGGGGUUUUACCUGGCUUUUCAGGAUGUAGGUGCCUGCAUCGCCUUGGUGUCCGUCCGUGUUUUCUACAAGAAGUGCCCACUGACUGUACGCAACCUGGCUCAGUUUCCAGACACCAUCACUGGGGCUGAUACAUCCUCUCUAGUGGAAGUUCGGGGCUCCUGUGUGAACAACUCAGAAGAGAAGGAUGUGCCAAAAAUGUACUGUGGGGCAGAUGGCGAAUGGCUGGUACCCAUUGGCAACUGUCUGUGCAAUGCUGGCUAUGAUGAGCACAACGGAGAAUGCCAAGCUUGCAAAAUUGGAUACUACAAGGCUCUCUCCACAGAUGUUUCCUGUGCCAAAUGCCCAUCGCACAGCUACUCCAUCUGGGAAGGCUCUACCUCCUGCACCUGUGAUCGGGGCUUUUUCCGAGCCGAAAAUGAUGCUGCCUCCAUGCCCUGCACUCGCCCUCCAUCUGCUCCCCUGAACCUGAUUUCCAAUGUCAAUGAGACGUCAGUGAACUUGGAGUGGAGUGCCCCUCAGAACAGUGGUGGCCGCGACGACAUCUCCUACAACGUGGUGUGCAAGAGAUGUGGGGCUGGUGACCUCAACCGCUGUCGGUCAUGUGGCAGCGGUGUGCACUUCAGCCCCCAGCAGAACAGCUUGAAAACCACCAGGGUCUCUAUUACUGACCUUCUGGCCCACGCUAACUACACCUUUGAAAUCUGGGCAGUGAAUGGGGUGUCUAAGCAAAACCCCAGCCAGGACCAGGCUGUCUCAGUCACUGUGACGACUAACCAAGCAGCUCCGUCUCCAAUUGCUUUGAUACAGGCUAAAGAAAUAACAAGGCACAGUGUUGCAUUGGCCUGGCUGGAACCUGACAGGCCGAAUGGAGUCAUCUUGGAAUAUGAAGUCAAAUAUUAUGAGAAGGACCAAAAUGAGCGCAGCUAUCGCAUUGUGAAGACAGCCGCCAGGAACACAGAUAUCAAAGGCCUGAACCCUUUGACUUCGUACGUGUUUCAUGUGCGAGCCAGGACAGCAGCGGGAUAUGGGGACUUCAGUGGGCCAUUUGAGUUCACGACUAACACAGUUCCUUCCCCCAUUAUUGGUGAUGGUACCAAUCCCACAGUGCUUCUUGUCUCAGUGGCUGGCAGUGUUGUUCUCGUGGUCAUUCUCAUUGCUGCUUUUGUCAUCAGCAGGAGACGCAGUAAGUACAGUAAGGCUAAGCAAGAGGCAGAUGAGGAGAAACAUUUGAAUCAAGGUGUGAGAACAUAUGUGGAUCCUUUUACAUAUGAGGAUCCAAACCAAGCUGUGCGGGAAUUUGCCAAGGAAAUCGAUGCCUCCUGUAUAAAGAUUGAAAAAGUCAUAGGUGUGGGUGAAUUUGGUGAAGUGUGCAGUGGACGUCUCAAAGUACCAGGAAAGAGAGAGAUCUGUGUUGCUAUCAAGACUCUGAAAGCUGGGUACACUGACAAACAGAGGAGGGACUUUUUAAGUGAAGCCAGCAUCAUGGGACAAUUUGACCAUCCCAACAUCAUACAUUUGGAAGGCGUAGUUACCAAAUGUAAACCGGUAAUGAUCAUAACUGAGUACAUGGAGAAUGGUUCCUUGGAUGCCUUCCUCAGGAAAAAUGAUGGCAGAUUUACAGUAAUCCAGUUGGUGGGGAUGCUUCGUGGCAUUGGCUCUGGAAUGAAGUAUCUGUCUGACAUGAGCUAUGUGCAUCGGGAUCUAGCCGCCCGAAAUAUACUAGUCAACAGCAACUUGGUCUGCAAGGUGUCUGACUUUGGCAUGUCCCGUGUCCUGGAAGAUGAUCCUGAAGCAGCCUAUACUACUAGGGGUGGCAAAAUUCCCAUCAGAUGGACUGCACCAGAAGCAAUUGCCUAUCGUAAAUUUACAUCAGCUAGUGAUGUGUGGAGCUAUGGCAUUGUAAUGUGGGAAGUGAUGUCAUAUGGAGAGAGACCUUACUGGGAUAUGUCCAAUCAAGAUGUUAUUAAAGCCAUUGAGGAAGGGUAUCGCCUGCCACCCCCAAUGGACUGCCCCAUCGCUCUCCAUCAGCUGAUGCUGGACUGCUGGCAGAAGGAACGCGGCGACAGGCCUAAAUUUGGACAGAUUGUCAACAUGCUGGACAAACUCAUCCGCAACCCCAACAGCUUGAAGAGGACAGGCACCGAGAACUCCAGACCAAACACUGCCCUGUUGGAUCCGAGUUCUCCGGAAUUCUCAGCCAUUGUUUCUGUGGGGGAUUGGCUCCAGGCCAUUAAAAUGGACCGAUAUAAGGAUAACUUCACAGCUGCUGGCUAUACAACCCUAGAGGCUGUGGUACAUAUGAACCAGGAUGAUCUGACACGAAUUGGGAUUACCACCGUUGCGCACCAGAACAAGAUUUUGAGCAGCGUCCAGGCAAUGCGGACCCAAAUGCAACAGAUGCACGGCAGGAUGGUUCCCGUCUGAGCCAGUACUGAAUAAACUCAAACUCUUGAAAUUAGUUUACCUCAUCCAUGCACUUUAAUUGAAGAACUGCACUUUUUUUACGUCGUCUCCUUGCUCUUUGAAAUAAAGAUCUGCAGCAUUGCUUGGUGUACAGAUUGCUGAAACUGUGGGGAAGGGGGCCCUACCGAAAUGACAAGCUGUCAUUUUAAACCAGACCUGGAACAAAUUGUUUCUUGGAAUAUGCUUCUGUUGAUCAACGAUAUGUAAAAUACAUGUAUCUAUAUAAAAAUAACAUCACAUUCAAGUUUUGAUGCUGUGUUUGCUGCCAGAUACUGUGCUUAAAAAAUAAUUAUUCUUCCUUCCCCCAAUGACCUGGGGAUUACAACCACAGUAUUUUAUUUGUGGGAUAAACCAUGGUUGUGCAUCUUUCACUGGAACGAAGAAUCUACCCCAGGAUCUUUUCUGCAGACUCAGCGUGUCACUGAUACCGUGCGGAAACCUCAGUGAGACUAUUGUUUGGCUGAUCGGUGCCUCUCAAUUAGUGAUUUACCCAUUUACAGGGUGAGAUAGGGAAUGACCCACCCUGAGGAUUACUGGACAAAACUGGACGUCUGCGGGGUUUGUUAUUGGCUGUUGUUGUGCCAUACUGAGUUGUAAAUCUGUAAACCUUUUCCAAACGUCUUACUGACAGUCAGCUGUGACAAUCUUGACUGUGAAACUUCCAGACUCACAUCCCUUUCCCCUUUGAAGGAGCAAUCACUUUUGCAACACUGAAAAGGGAAAAUAGAUUCUGCUUCCUUGGCCUGACAGCCUUUCCUAUUGAUCAUAUUGACCAUGGGAGAACAAAAGACCAGACAUGAAGCCUUCCAGAUUCCACAAGCCCUGCUUCACCAGCACUGAUUCUGGGGAACACAGACACUCGAUAAGUGGAAUCAGUCCCUGAAGAGUGGGGACUUUUAAUUUCCCUUUUUGCUUUGAAACAAAACAAAAAGACUAUAAGGUUCAAUAUCUGUUCUCCAGUUGUCAUUUGAGGAAUGUACUGUAUCAAAGCCCUUCAGACUUCUGGGAUUCCCCCCCCCCCCCCCCCCCCCCCCCCCCGGCUUCUUCCCUCUUAUGGUUUUAUUUAUAUAUUUUGAUUCCCCUCCACACCGUACCCUCUGCAUGUCACUGCUGCAUCUUGUUUGAGUGCAAGUGACAGAGCACUACAGGUAUUACCAUGGACGCCAAGUCAGAUGCCGUGACACAGAACCCAGUUCACGCGAGCUGCCUAUAUACAUUACUGAAGUGACAUUUCACACAAAAUGUGCCAUUGCAGUGAUAUAAAUAUAUAUGUAUUUUUUUCUUCGAAUGGGUAACGGACUUCUUAUCUCUUCCAAAUGUGUGUGUGUGUUUGCGUGCGUCUUGUCACUGCAUGUGUAGAAUUGCCUGGGAAUGUGCUGAAAGUAUCUCUGGGAGCUCUGGGUUCCGUCCCUUGCUAGUUGAAGAGUUACACGAGAAAGCAGGCCAGUAGAUGAUGUCUGCAACAGUAGCAAGAAAACACACACACAAAAACGUUUAAAUUUCUGUAUCUGUAAAUGUAUUUUGUAGCUGCCACAUUAACCUUAACGACUGGUUCUGCAGCCUAGAACAGGGGCACUUUCACUUCAGUUGUGGAGUGAUGAAUAAUGAGAUCCAUAACGAUGAUAAAGCUUUCCAUCAAUAUCACUUAUUCUUAUCAAGACCUGUUCAUGAUCAAAAACACCAGUUUCUUGAUGAAAAGUUGACGGGCGACAAUGCCUGUAUCCGUCCACUGGUAACCCUGAACUGAACUCUUACGUAGCCUUUUUUAUCUGCAAAAAGAAGAUUUUAAAGACUUGUUGAAUGCAAACAAAUAUAUGCAAUUCUUAUCCAUUCACAGAAGCACAUUGCUCAGUGUGCCAGCUGUGAGAACCAUGUGUCCUGUAGCUGACAGUCAAAUACUUCAUUUUCUCCCAGCAACAGUUAAGGAAAUUAAAUUGCAAGAGAUGUUUAAGAUUACAGCUGUUAACAAAAGGGUUGCAAAAGUUUGUCACGUUCCUAGUCUCCUUAGCCAAAGGAUAGGUGAAUUAAUGUACAAGGUAAUUUCUGUGGCCCAAAGACCAGUGCUAACAACCUACCGGUACUACCUAGAAAAGUUUACUGAGUGUGGAGCGUUCACUGUUUAUUUUCUGUAAACUAUACUUGGAGUAUAGAUGUAUGCUAGAGUCUGGGGAAGGUGCUGCCAUUCCACAUUUUGAAUUCAGCAACAGAUAUGCUCAGGAGAAGCAAUCAGUCAAACAUACAUUGGAAAAACCAAGACAAAAUAUGGAUGUUGCCACGUUAAAAGAGCAUGCCACAUUGAAUGGAGCCAUAAAGAAAUGUCUCAAAGUUACUUCUAUUUCCUCCUUCUCUCCUGGCCCCUUUAUAUGCUUUAUUAAAAUAAUGUUACGUGCUCUCAUGAACCACAAAUUAAAGAUCAAUAUAGCUGAGAUGGGGGAAAAGCUAAGGAAGUUGUGCUGAAGGCAGAAACCAUACAACACUGUCAAGGAGUCACGGAGCGGAAGUGUGCAUUCCAAACCCAGCACAUUCAAAUUGCAGUUAAAUGUUCUAAGCAGAGCUUGAGUUAAAAAGUAAACAAGUUACUACAGACUUUGCUUCCAUCUUUUCCCUCUUACAGAAGACGUCAUCGACAGGUCUCUCUAGCAUGGCAAGCCGUUGUUAGAAAUUGUUCUGGUCGCCACACCACCGGUUGAUGUUCGUCCAGGUUUCUUGCUGUACUAACUUUGUGAUUGGAUCUGUGUAUUUAAAAAUGUAUUUAAAAAAAAAAAAAAAAAAAAAGGGCUGGUACUUCACCAGUAAACAGGACUUAAAAAGCAGUAUUUUUCUUUUAUGUGACAUUUUCAUAACCAGAAAAAAAAUCCUGAAUACUAAUCAAAGAAAAAAGAGAGAGUGCAUUUAUUUUUUUGUAUCACUGUAAGUAUGUUGGAAUAUGCAAGGACUGUGGUUAAAAGUAGAAUGUAUGAGGCAUAUUAUAAUUUAGUUCAUACCGAGAAAAAGAUUCUAACAGCAUUUUUUGGUUCAUGAAUUUGAACAGACUCUGGGUUAGACAUAGAUUUUCUAUUUUAAUUUGUAAUCCCCCCCCACCCCCAUGAAUUUUAGGUACACAUAACUUAUGUCAUUUAUUUAUGGUCUUUUAUACCUAGUUUGUAAAAUUGUAAAAUAGCAAACAAUGCAAAAGUUUGCAUUUGAAAACAAUAAAGUAGUUACUGUACAAACCU